AUGGUAGCUGUAGAAGAAAAUCAAAAGAAGAAGCUUCGCCGCAUGAAGGCAAAUGGUCGUGAGCGACAGCGCAUGCAUGGCCUCAAUGAUGCUCUUGAUGUGCUGAGGCAGUACGUUCCCAUAACUACACAACAUCAGAAGCUCAGCAAGAUUGAGACCUUACGAUUGGCGAGAACCCUAAUGAUUUCAAUAUAUUUGCAGUACGUUCCCAUAACCACGCAACAUCAGAAGCUCAGCAAGAUUGAGACCUUACGAUUGGCGAGGAACUAUAUCUACGCCCUGAAGCGAAUGCUCCAUACCGGACGUCAACCAACUCCGCUCGAAUAUGCUCACCAAUUGUCUAUUGGAUUGAGCCAAACUACUACAAAUAUGUUGGCAACCUUACUUCAGGUGCAUCCACGAUUGCUAGUGCUCAACUCGUGUCCUUCGACUCCUUGCCCUCAGGAGCCUUUCCAGCCAUCUCCACCUCCUCCUCAGAUGGUUUCCCCUUACACACACCCCCAAAUGACUUAUAUUAAUGAGCAGCAUGCUAUGUAUCAGUAUUGA